AUGUCGACCGGCCCAGCCACAGAUGCCGAGUGGGCGGCGCUGAUUUCCACCCUGAAGGAACAAAUCCCUGAACGCCCAUUGUUCCAGGCGCCGAUUCCAUUAAACAUUCCGCAAUUGAUCGACCACACGCUCCUCUCAGUCCCCGCCGAGCCCGGCCAGAUCGACCAGCUCUGCGCCGAAGCCAAAGAACACAACUUCGCCUCGGUCUGCGUCCGCUUGGACCAUGUUGCCCGCGCAACUGCUAACCUAGAGGGCGCACCGGGGACCGUCGUUGCGUGUGUGGUAGGAUUCCCCGAGGGGGCGUUCGAUAGCAGUGCGAAGGUCCGCGAGGCGCAGGAGGCGGUCGAGCGCGGGGCGAGCGAGCUGGAUAUGGUGAUCAAUUAUCCUCUGUUGAAAGAGGGGAGGUACCAAGCUGUGUAUAAUGAUAUUGUUGCCGUGCGCCAAGCUGCGCCCGCCCCGGUAAAGCUCAAGGCCAUUGUGGAGACCUCCCAGCUUGAUCGGGAUCAGCUCAUUGCCGCUACUGUGCUCGUGUGCAAGGCCGGGGCGGACUUUGUGAAGACGAGCACGGGAUUCCGAGGCGCGGGCGCAGAUCCGGAGAGUGUCACGACGAUGCGCAUGGUUGCCGACGUGUGUGGCAGCACCUGCAAGGUCAAAGCGAGUGGGGGGAUUCGGUCUGCGAGUGACUUCCUUCGAAUGGUGAAGGCGGGUGCGAUGCGCAUUGGAACUAGCUCCGGGGUCAAGAUCAUGAAGGAGGUGGAUGAGGGGAGGCUCUUAGAGUAA